CACAAUGAUGACCAGAACGACGGUACACCGGUACCAGUUCGGAAGCUGGCAGCUUCAUUCAUCUCUGUGUUGCUGGUGGUGUUGGUUGGCAUAACAACCGUUCGUCGUUACUCUAGCAGCUAGAGGCAAAACAACUCGGAACAAAGACAACAAGAGCCAACUAAAAGAGUUACUUCCAGCUUAGGCAGUGGAGCAAACAAACUUGAUGGUCUUGAUCCCACACACGCACUAGUGGAAACAAUCCGAUUCGAUUCUCGUCCCAAUCGAAAAGAUCAUCAAAGAUCCCUCAAGAGACCAGAUAGCACCUGGCAACUGCAAAACAAUAAGAGUCAGGCCUUCAGUCUCAUAAUAUUCUUGGUCGCUUAUUUGACUUCAUAAUAAACCAAGAUAGAUCCUCGCCCACUGCCAGUUUGCUUAAGCGACGCUGCAGCGUACCGUAAGUACUACUAGCUAGUACUCACUUGUGUCGAUCCCUGUCUCAUCUGUCAUCUGCCAACCGGAACGAAAGCGGCACGGUCGACCAGAGAAAGUGUGGCUCCAACAUUCCCAAGGAGCUCCCACAGAAAGAGAAAAAGUUCGCAGCUCCCUAGCUGCCAUUCUUCUUGAGGAACCAUGGUGAACAAUACCGAUCAAGUCAAGGAACAACUGCAGGGGUCCAUGGGCAAGCAGUUCCGGGCCAUGGGCUUUCAGCCCAAACAUCCCGUGGCACUCUUCAAUUCCCUGAGUGGCAAUGUCAUUGAAGUGAUCGAAAGCGAUCGCAUGCCCCACUGGGUGGCCAAGCAACCCAAUGGAGCGGACGGUGGUGCCUUGUGGGUCGACGUUGCCAAAGUCACGAGCGCCGCUAUCGGCAACAUUACCGGUAUGGGACAUACCAACACCAAAGCCCAUCGGAUUCAAAAAUGGCACGAUGAACUCAUUCACAUGAUGGACUCGGACAAGGAUGGAGAAGUCGAUACCGAAGAACUUAUCACCUUUUUGACCCAAACGGCCACUCUGCAAGAUGAUCAACUCAUCAAGAGUGUUCUAAAAGAAGCCGAGGGCAAAACGACCAUUCAGCUCCUCAAAGAACUGGGACCCUGCAUGCCCAAAGUUUUAUCCGCAUUGGUCAGCGCCAAAUCCAAUGCCGAACAAGAAAUUCAAGUAAAAAAUAAGACCAUCGAGUACAAUUGGGAAGCGUCCACCGAAUUUGCCAAGCACAUGCAAUUGAAGGGUGGAUACGCAGACCCGGAUGGCAUCAAAGUACGAGCACGCAGUGGACUCGCUUCCAUGGAAUGUCUCGUCGCGAACGAUCCCGGCGGUGUCAUGGCCAAGUUGGGAGCGGCAUUGAUGUUGCCCGUUACGACGGCCUUGAAGGAUAUCGGAUACCAGGAAGGUGUCAACCUACGCGGAUAUGGAUACGAUUGGCGUGUCCCCUGCACCAAGUUGGAAAAACGAGAACAGUACUUGAGUAAAACCAUGCAAGAUAUUGCCGAAUUGGUCGCCACCAACAAGGGGCAAAAGGCCGUCGUCAUUACACAUUCCUUGGGAGGUGUCAUGGCCAGUUACUUUUUUCAUUGGGUCGCCCAUUCCGAUUAUGGUAAAGCUCAUGGUGGUGUGCAGUGGUUGGAAGAGCAUAUUCAAGCCUUUUUGCCUGUUGGAGGGCCCAUGCUAGGGACCCCGUAUGGGAGUCACUCCUACAUUACCGGUGAUGAAGGUCAAAACUUGGCACCCGCUGUGUUUAGCUAUGCCGAUCGACAUCUUGUCGUGCGAAGUUGGGGCAUGUUUGGCAUGAUUUUCCCCUGCGGGCAACAUCUCAUGUUACAGCCCACGCAGUCGGUGCACUGGGUACGACGACAAGGCUGUCUCAACGUACACGUUCUGUCGGUCCAAAUGGCAGGCGAACAAGUUGACAAAGACGACAACACAAAUCUUCAAUACUACGUCAUGGCGGGCAUCAAACACCAUACCACGGGAAAGGUGGCUAAGAAACUAAAAUGUACGCCCAUUCAAAUGAGUUCUCAUGGAGCCAUUGACGAACGAUUGUUAUUCUACUGGAAUACCGGUCCCGAGUCCGUGGAAGGAACUGUGUUGACGGUUUCCUUGUGGCGCGAUUGGGUCGGACCCAUCGACAAGGAACUUGGUCGAGGGACCUUUGAGUUGGGUGAAAACAAAAUGACCGUGGUCGAAGGGCCCAGCAAAGGCGAGACUCUUCCAGGACUGACACGCAACGAAUACGUCGAGGUGCAAUUGCCGUUGAAAGAAAAGGCUGCCGAUGGACUGGAGGUGACUGCCACUGUCAGGCUCAAGUUUGUCCCCUUUGACGAGAACAAUAUGCAUAAUGACUUUCGGCGCAAGGACGACCCCGGUGCGUACCGUUGUGGAGGACCCGCCGAUGCCUGUACGUCGCCGGCAAAGCAAAGCCAAUUGUUGAAAGCACUGGGCCCCGAACUAGGCAAAGAGUGGGCUCCGCUAUCGACCAAGGAUCCAUCCAAGAAAGUUACGUAUUCACCCAUGUCGAUCGAUCAAAUGUUUGUACUGGAUGAAAUGGUUGGCAACUAUGAGGCUUGGAAAGAGUGUUAUGCGGACGAUCCCAUCUGGCGAAAACAUUCCACCGAGCCACCCGAAGGAGUGAACAGGAUCCGACCCAUCUACGGGAUCAAUAUGCCGACACUGGUGGGCAAUGUCUACAGACGCUCCAACAAACGGAUUGCCAGGUACCAACCCAACACUUCACUCGACCUGGAUACCGAUUGCAAAAUCGAACAUGAUGGCUACGCAUGCAACAGAGGUAUCAUUACGGAAAUGCCGCACAAAACGCCACAAGCGGACGAUCCUACCAAGCCAUUGUCGGAAAUGACGUUCAAGAAGAGAUGCAGUGGAGAUGGAACCGUGGCGUAUUGGAGUCUUCGAUGGCCCAUUACUUGGAAGGAGCGCGGAUACGAUGUCAAAAUGACGGAAGUGGAGGGUGCAGGCCAUCGAGAUAUUCUCGAAACAAUGGAAUGUUUGGAAACCUGUCUCGUUGAAUCUUGCAGUCGCCCUGCAAAGUAUGUGGAAAUCAUUAUGGAAAGUAUCACUUAUACAGCAGGAUCGAGUUGUUUGUCGUGCUGCUUUAAUGUCUGUUGCUGCUGCCUGGUUUGCCUUUGCAAGUGCAUUGGACUGAACACGGACAAUGUCUUUGCGGAAUUGUCUUGGCACGACAACACCUUUACAACGGAGCCGCUGUUGGCCAAUUGGCGUAGAGGCGAGCGCAAGGUCGAGUCACAGCGACGAUUUGUUCUGGGUGUGACCCAAGAAGAUUUUGACAAGGGCGCCUGUAUUGGUUUGUCCAUCAAUACAGCAGUUCAGAUGGACAUUUCCUUUGGACCCCAGGCAUCUGGUACAAAGUCGGUGGGGGUGAACAUCAACGACUUGUUGAAAGAGACCACAGCACAGUCACAGGUUGUGAAAAUGGGCACAAGCUCUGGCGCCAGGCAUGCAAUCAAAUGGAGCUGGCGUUGGGGUGCAGCAGAUGAUUCUGGAAAACCAAACUUUGGCUGAAGCAAUCCUUUGACGAAUAUUGGAUAUUUGCCAAUCGAAAACUGAAUGUUCAAAUGGUUUUGUGAUUCUGUGAAGUCAUUGAAAGUGCACCGAUAUUGUUGUUGUAUAAUGUUGUUGUAACAAACUAAGCACGGUUCUAGCAGACUACAUUCGCUUGAUUAUGUUAUCUCCGUUUGAGAUUCGGC